AUGUUCUCCCUCAACAUCAAAACAGCGGCCUCGACGUCCUCUGCAGCUCCCACACCAGCACCGGGAGUGAACGCCGGCGAGGCGCCAUGGGCGACCAUUGACGUGGACGAAGCCGACUCCUUUGAAAGCACACCCUCGACGAACAGCAGCGGUAAUCAAAGUGGCCGCCAUCAUUAUCAGCAUGCCGCCCAGCCGUCGCACUCUCCGCAGAGUCCGGAGACGCCCAUCAAAUUUGACCACGGUGUAUACCCGCACUGCCCCAUCUUCAUCCCCUCCAAAGGUCGUUCAGACCUGGACCGCAGCACUAUGGCGGUGCUCGUCCGCGAUCUCGUCCCGUUUGUGCUUGUCGUCGAGCGGGAGGAGGCCGAGGGGUACAGAGCCAUGCUGGACCGCCUCGUUGGACAAUACUUCGGCUUCGCCGGUAUGACGUUUGCCGCGAGCGUAGAUGAUGGCAUUGAAGGGGCGACCAAGACGGGGGCAGGGGUCGUCGAGUCGUCGAGCACCACUCCGGCAGACCUCUGGGCGUUUCCGUGCGCCUGCUGCUGCGGCAGCACUAGCGUCGCUGGUUCGCCGUCGUCGCCCACCACGCCCGGCCUAUCGGCAGAUGCCUUGCGCGCGUUGGCGCUGCGGCUUUCAGCUGCGUUUCAUCAUGGCUAUGUGUUCGAGCCAACGUCUGCUGCAGCCGGCAACCACCACGGCGCUGUCGAGUCGAAGAAUGUCUCACCGCCUGUGUCGAUCAGUCCAACAACGCCAUCAGCAGCCAGCGGGGGUGCGCGGCGCCCCUCUGCGGCCUUUGUGCUGCGCAACGUGGACGAGGUGCGCGCGCUCUUCGUGAUCGAAGUGCUACCGGAGACCAAUCGUGGGGUCUCCUAUGUGCGCAACUACAUCCUACAGGUUCUCGUGCCAAGGCUGAUGGUGGCCUGCGGCGUAGAUCGGUCAGGGAACGUGGAGGAGCUGCGCCUGUGUGGCCCGGGAGAGCACAACACUCUGACACCGGCGGCGCUGCGGAUGGCCGCGCUGGAGCCAGACGUCUACAGUGCCCUUGAGUGGAAGUCAGAGACCGAGUCCUAUCUGGACGUACGGCGGGCGAGCACCACCACGAACAUGGUAACGGCAAGCACUGGCAGCGCCGCGGGCACCAAAGAUGGCGGCGUGUCGGCGUCGGUGGGAGCGUUGAGCGCCCCAACUGGACAAACUUUGGCACCAGCGUUGUCGUCCUCGUCUGCGCCACGUUCGUCGACGGCGUCCUCCGCUGCGGCCGCGACUCGCGGCACGCCUCGCCUUCUGCACGGCCUCUUCGGCUUCUACUGGGUCCUGGAUGACGAUAUCUACGGCUUUUACCAGUCGCACGGCUCCAGCACCAAAAACGAGCGCAUUAGUACGCGGACAAUGAUGAGAGAGGUGGAGGUGCGGCUUCGGCAACUGCGGCACAACGCCGACGUGGCCUCGCCACCACCGCCGUCAGUUCCGCCCUCGUGCUUUCAGACACCGCCGACCCCCAGCAGCGGCAGCGCAGCCGCGUCGCCGUAUGUCCUGUCAAACCAGCAGCAACAGCAAAAUUUCGUGUUCACGUGCAAGGAGGAUGCCCUACAGAACAACAUCAUCUCUGGAGGGAAAGGCCGGCUUCCGACGCUGCAGAACUACAGCCUCUACUACACAACCGCAUGCUUCUCGCUCGAGUACAACCGCUUCGCCCUCGACACGGCUCCGGACACGCUGUCGGUCAACUCCUACAAUAACAUUGCCUGUCUUUUCAACUACGCGCUGCUGCACAACCCGCCGCAGAUGCGCUACUUCCCCCCUGGAGUGCCGCACGUGAGGCGCCCCGAGGACGCGCUGGUCGGCUACCUCGAUCACAGUAUGCUCUGGUACCGCUUCGCCGUGCGCGAGGAUUACGACUUCACUCUUCAGCUCAUCGCACGUGGCCUCCACACGCUGCGCUUCCGCAGCAUCGCCUUCGAUGUGCCGCAGAUGAUGAAGGUGCGUGGCGGCAUGACGGACUACUACCGCAACUGUCACGAAGAGAUACGGCAGCAGAACGAUCGCUUUGUGCUGCAGUGGCCGGCCGUGGCGCAGCACUGGGUGAAGGGGAAGGAGGGCAGCCGUCGAGAUGACAUACGUGUGCGGUGGGACCUGCUGAGCCCAGCCCGCACCAAGCACCCCGGUGCCUUCCUGUAUCUGAGCGCCCCACUGCCGCAGCUGCAGCCGCAACGCUUGAGUGACGACAGCACCGGCGGAAACGGCAGUGUAAUUAGCAGCAGCGACAGUGCAGCCACUGCAACCGCGGUAGAAGGCACGGAAACAGAGACGCGCAAGCGUCUGCGACCCCCGUCCCCGACUGCUCCCACUGCUGAAUCGUCCCAUGCCCCUGCAGGCCGUCGCCCCUGCGUCCCAGCCGCAACAGCGUCUGCGCCCGCUAUGUCGUCCACCGUCGCUCGUGACUGGAAAGGUGGCUACGUGGUCGAGCGGUGGCGUGAUAUCUCGCGUGAGGAGGCGCGACAGCACGCCGGCCUCGUCGCCCUCUCCAACGACGACAUCCACAUUGGCCGGACUGUCGCCGUCAUACCACCCUUCUUCGACCAGAAACCAUCUGUCGUGCGCGCAACAGUAAUUGAGCGGGCCGUCGAGCCGACGGACUCCCAUGCCAGCAGCGGCCGCGCUGGGAACACCAGCACGGCGGAAGCAGGUGAUGCCCAGCAGUCCCUAACGCCGCGCGUGAUCUGGACGGCGGUGGCACAAGAUGUUCGUGGUAUGCCUUUCUUGCACGUUGACACCUGCUUUGAGGUGCCCGCGGAGGGCAUCGAAAAGGCCGCCGCCAGCAUCGAUCAGUUCUUCGCAAAGAUGGAGAGCGAACCUGGCUCAUAG